AUGAAAGAAGUGUCAUGGGCCUGGAUGCUCAAGAAGCAGGAGGGUCACUGGUUCAUAUGGAAGGAGCACAGGAGGACCGAGCCAUAUGCGAGGAGGGCCAAGCACAGCCAUGAGGAGGACCAAGCUCAAGGAGCAGGCACAGCCAUGAAGAGGACCAAGCUCAAGGAGCAUGCAGAUGGUUACCACUCAGGGGCUCGAGAAGAGCAGGGUCGACAGGUCCUGAGGAGGAGGAUCAGUGUCGAAGGAGUCAACAUCACUCAGGAGGCACAAGGGUGCCAAACAAGCAGGGUAGCAAGGAGGAGGAGCAGUGUCGAAGGAGUUGACACAGUUCAAGAGGGACAGGGGUACCAAGCAGGCAGGAGAGGCCCCUGA